CACAUUGGAAGAUUUUCAUCUGACUGAGAUUACACGAAUCUCUCAUUGUGUCUUUUUACAGAACAUCAAAACAUUAUUGUAUAAAAAACCGCGUUGUAAAAUACGGGCGCAGGAUGAGAAUUCCAAAGAGCGCUCUGUGCCUGAUUAUUCUGGCAACUAGUUUAUCGUUGGUAAUGUCUGAGAAGCAAUUGUUUUCGGAUCUGUCGUUUAUCCUGUCCGGUCAGAGCUUGGACUGGCCAUGUCAGAGCACCAAGAACAUCUACGAAACGAGUGGACGUUAUGUCCCCAGAAAUAUCAUUGCUACAAGGAUGCAGAUCUACAAAGACGAUGCAAUUGUGGCAUUGCCGCGUUACAAGUCCGGUGUGCCGUUCACCUUAGGUGUCAUGUCAUUGAAAAACACUGCGAAGGACUCCGUAGCGCCGAAAAUGACACCGUUCCCUUGCUGGGCGAUUCAGGAGGAAGGCAAUUGUCAGGCGCUACAGAGCGUAGUGGACAUAGCUCUGGACAUUCAAGACAUCCUAUGGGUAUUAGAUGUUGGUAUAGUAAACACUUUGGAACAACCGGUACGCAGGUGCCCUCCGAAAGUCGUCGGAAUUAACGUAAAAACUGGAAAGGUAGUUAAGGUGAUCGAUUUGACUCCUCUGGUGAAUCCGAUGUCUCGUUUACAAUAUCUGUCGAUCGAUUAUGCGGAAGAUGGUCAGGUGUUUGUGUACGUAACUGAUGCCGCCUCUAAAUCCAUCAUUGUCUACAACGUCACCGCCGAUAAAGGACACCGAGUGAUUCUUCCAAAUGCCGUCACUGUUGGCGUUGAUCGACGAGACGUUCUUUACUUGACGCUGGUGAAAAAGAGCUGCGGCACGCCUGUGGCAUACUUCACUUACCUGGGAUCAAACAGGCUCUUCGCAAUCAAGGCAGAGAAUCUGAGAAAAGGUAUCUCACAAGGAUCGGUUAUUGAUAUCGGACCGAAGAGACAGAAGAUUGUUCUUCUCGGAACUGACAAUGGCUGCUCUAUUUUCUUUAGAAACAAGGGUGAAUCCGAUAUCUACUUGUGGAACACCGAGACACCCUUCACACCGGAGAACUUUCUCCAAGUGCAGAAAGCCGGUGACGAUUGUCGUUUGCCAACUCAGGUAGUUCCUGGUUUUAAGAGAUAUAUGUGGGUAAUUGAAAGCAACUUUCAGGAUUACAUACAGAACACCGUGAGUUGCUCGGGUGCUUCUAUGGCUAUUCAUCCCUUGGUCAAAUCAGACGAAGACUAAAAGUCGUACUCGUUAACCGAGAGUUUUCUUUAUCGUGAUUGUCGCUUUACAGUUGUGUACGUUAAACAAGUAUUCGAUAACUUGUACGCGAUUAGAGAUUAAAAUCGAUAAAUUUAAGAAGUUUAGAUUUCGAUGCAUUAAAUGCACAAGAAAAAAAUAUUUACUAUUUAUUUAUAACAAUGGAGACACGACAAUUGGCGUAAGAAAUGUUUUUUUUUGCUGCAUCGAAAAGUGAACUCAGCAAAAUUAUAUCGAUUUAUGAAAUGUUUUUUUUAUAAAUAUAGGACAGAUUCGAUCUUAUUCUUGAAAGAUAACUCUCUCUUUAUCUCAACCAUUUUUAUGAUAUUAAUUAUUUUAGUGAACAAAUUGGUUGCAUACACGUAUCACAAAUAAAAUUAAACAACCAAACUGAAAAUCGAAUUUCUCUAUUUUGUCGCUGAUCUAGUCAGUAAUAUAAUCGUCAAUCAGCAUCUCGCAUUUUAUUUUUUGUAAAUAACAAGUGCUAUUUAUGAAUAUAUUAUUAGAUUCAAUGGAUAUUGGAAUGAUCUUACCAUUUGCAUCGGUAUUUAUUACAUAUGUAUUUUUAUGUUAUAAUUACUUUAGUCGUGAAAAAUCUCACACAUAUUGAAGAGCGUUGUGCGACUUAGAAAGACGCUUAAAUGGACAAAUCAACCAGUGUCAAAAUUAUUUCGUCGAUAUUUUAAUCGACAUCAGCAAAAUAGCUGCUAAAUAAUUUUAUUGUACAUUAAAAACUUGUAAUGUACAAAAGAUACAAGAACGUGUUCUCACCUCUAAACAAAAAACAAAUAUAAUUUAUUAUGGUACAAUAUAGUACGUAUAGUAUAAUAUACAAUAUAUUAUAAUAUCUUGUAACUAUUAUUAUGGAAAUCGAUAAGAAAUAAACGACGGAUUAUGUAUGAAGAGGCAUAUGUGCAAAUCAUGUACAACUCCCACACACACUGAAGAUACAAUUACAUUUGUGGUUGGAACCGCCAAAUAUUCUUUCACGGUGUAAAGCGUUGAAUAAAAUCGAGAAUUGUUGUAAAAGAAGAUAAAAUAUGCAAAUUCACAAAGUAGAAAGAGUUUUUUCUGAAUUGACUAUAUUAUUAUAUAGUGAAAAAA